AUGCAUUUCACUACUUCAGCGGCCGUGGCCUCCCUCAUGGCCUUUGCCUCGAUGGCCAACGCCCACAUGAUGAUGGCCAUGCCGAAGCCCUUCCCCGGUACCAUCAGCAGCCCCGUCCAGGACCUGGGAGCCAACUACAUCUGCCAGGGCAAGCUCUCGGGCGGCUCACCGAUGGAGCUCAAGAUCGGAUCCAAGAACAACAAGAUCACCUUUGCGGGAACGGCCGUGCACGGCGGUGGCUCCUGCCAGGUCGCCAUCACGUACAAGGAGAAGCCGACGGCGACCGACUUUCGCGUCAUCACUUCGUUCCACGGAGGCUGCCCCAUGGAGAACGGCAACGAGAACCUCAUGCCGGCCGACGCCGCCAAGCCCCUGGAUUCCGGCCUGACUUACGACGUACCCGAGGGCAUCCCAGGAGGCAACGCCAUCCUCGCCUGGACCUGGAUCAACAAGAUUGGAAACAGGGAGUUCUACAUGCAGUGCGCCCCGAUCAAGCUCACCGGCACCCCGGGGUCCAAGGCCGCGCUCGAAAAGCUCCCCAGUAUCGCGACCCCCAACAUUCCCGGAAGCGGCUGUGACACGCAGGCUCAGGGUGAUUUUUCCUACGAGUUCCCGGGUCCCGUCGUCAGGAUCGGCCACUCCCGCCCGAUGAAGGUUCUCAAGGGCUGCAAGGUCGACAAGGGCACUGGCGGCGGCGGCGGCGGCGGCGGCGGUGGUGGUAGCGAUGCUGCGCCCGCCCCUGAGCCCCCCAAGGAGGACAAGCCGGCCAGCCCUCCCCCUGCCACUCCUCCCCCCGCCGCAAACCCUCCCCCCGCGGCCAACCCUCCUGCCUCCGGCGGUGGCGGCGAAGGCGGCUCCUGCACCGACGGAACCUUCAACUGCAUCGAGGGCGGUACCAAGUACCAGCAGUGUGCGCACGGCAAGUGGCAGGCUACCAUGUCGAUGGCCCCGGGGACGACCUGCAAGCCCGGCGUGUCGACGACGCUGUUCAAGAGGUCCGUCGACAGGUUGCAUGUGCGCGACUUUGGUCACAUGGAGAUGGUGUAAGUCGGAGACGAGACGUCUCUUUUUUCUUCCUCACUUUUUCUUAUUUCCUUUGUUUUUGCUUCAACUUCACAAUCUUUUACUGUUCUGUACAUUCAUCCUUUGGAGUUUUUUUCUUUUCUUCGCGGAUUGGUUGGGUCAUUGGGUUCGGUAUUGGAUGGUUCAGGCGUUUUUGACUUUCAAUGUGCAUUUUUUUUUGGGAAACGGCAGCAUCGCAUCAUCUCGGCAUACCCUCACCUAUUUCCAAUGGUCAUCCCCCUGGUCGGGCUAUAACGGAUUGGAAGCCACAAAAAGUGCGAAUUUGGUCAUUUUUAGAAUUUACUGAUAUCCCUGGCGUUUGUGCCUUUGGCAAAAGCAUACAUACAAUCUUUACUUGUUUUCUUGAGAUUUCAAAUCAGAUAUAUUUAAC